AUGUCUCGCCGUUUGUACUUAGGAAGAUUGCCCACUGAUGCUAGGACGGACGACGUGUCCAAGUUUUUCGAAGGUUACGGGAAGAUCGUUGACUGCAGAGUGAUGACUGGCUUCGGUUUCGUUGAGUUUGAGAGCUCCAGAGACGCCGAGGAUGCGUUGAACCACUUCAAUGGCAAGCCCUUCAUGGGUACCAACCUCGUCGUCGAGUUCGCGAAGGAGUCCCGCCCUCGCCGCGACCCGUACGAUGAUAGGGCUCCUCGUGCGAGAAGACCUCCCGGUAUCCGCAUCAUUGUCUCCGGCAUUUCCAGGGAUACUAGUUGGCAGGAUCUCAAAGACUUCGGUCGCGAAGCUGGUAGCGUCUCCUUCGCUGAUAUCGAGCGUGACGUUCCAGGCCAGGGUGUCCUAGAAUAUCUUGCCCGAGAAGAUGCUGAGCGUGCCGUCAAGGAUCUCGACGGCAAGGAUCUUCGUGGCCAGCCCGUCCGUGUCGCCCUCUCUGAGGAUAGGGGCGCCGACAGCUAUUCUCGCCGUGAUGACCGUUAUGAGCGACGUGACCGCUACGAACGUCCUUCCUACCGCGACGAAAGGCCUUCUUACCGUGGAAGGAGCCGGUCCCCUCCCCCACGCCGCCACUACGACGAUGACCGUCGUGCUCGGUCCCCGCCACCUCGUCGGGAUUAUGAUGACAAGAGGUCUGCUGCCAUAAUUGAUGACCGCCGACCCGCUGACGUCCCUGAUCGCGACCGCGACCAUGACAGGCCCAGGAGGGACGACAGGCGCGACGACCGCUAUGAGGACCGUCGUGGUGGCGGCGGAGACGGAGGCUGGCGCUAA